AUGACGUUUGUAUCUUCCUCGCCAUCUAAACUAACAGCGUCGUACUUGUCAUCUAAAAAACUACCACCGCCACCACCGCCACCCGAGCCAUCAGCUCGCAGUCAUCACCAUCACCAAGAAACUGCAGAGAUCCUUAAAACACACUCCUCGAUUGCCUCAAUACCAGUAUCCAACUCUAUGAAUAAGGCUGGCCAUCAAAAACGACAUAGCCACCUUGAUGUCGAAAAUGGAAACAGUAGAAGUAGUAGUCCUGAAAGUAAUGGCAUCAACAGCAACAGCAACGGCAACAGCAACGGCAACGGCAACAGCAACGGCAACGGCAACAGCAACAGCAACAGCAACAGCAACAGCAACAGCAACAGCAACAGCAACAGCAACAGCAACGGCAGCAGUAUCCGCAUAGGUGAUAACAGGCACCGGUUGUCUACCUCGCCCUCUGCUCCACCAUCGCUACCGCAAGUGAAAUCAACUGCAAUGCAACCUUCAGGGUCAACAAAUUCAAUAUUAAGUCAAGAAGACAUUGGGUACUACUAUACAAAAAUUAUCAACUACGAAUUUAGAAGUCUACAAUUGGACACUGAACUUCAGACAAAAUCACUAUUUGAUCUCAUAGAUUAUUGCGAAUCGUUGUAUGAGAAUGCCAAUGAUUCGAAUAAUCAUUUACAGGCCAUCAAAAGUUAUACAAAAGGAUUUUUAAUCUUUAAUUAUUUCAUAAACAGUUUUGUCAUGUUUCAUUUUGAUGGAUUUGACGCAUUUAUCGAACUGAAUGAACAAGACUUCAUAAUAUACUUGAACAUUUUUGCAUUUUACAAUACCGAUCAGAUUUUUCAAAAUGGCAACUAUACCGUGAGUUCAAAUGAUUUACGAGAAUUCAUAAAGCUGUACCUUAUCAAGAAAAACUUGUUGAGUUUCAAUCUUGAAGAAUUGUAUGAUUGGUUGUUUCAAUAUAUAACUUAUCUUCGAGAGAAAGAUCAAGUGGGAGAUGAAGACGUUUCAAGUAUCGGAGGAGAAGGAAGCAAAGACAAUAGAGAUAGUGCAGAAAAUAGAAGCAGUAGCAGCAGCAAUAGAAGCAGCAGUAGUAGCCUCGGCAAUUAUGGGGACAGGGUCAUUGGUAACGCAGAUGCAAAUGCUGUGUCAAGUGAUGAAGCUGACGAAUUCGAUGAAGAAUUGUCAUUUAUCAAGACUGAUUACCCUCCUGUACAAGAAAUGGGUCGUCGGUCUCGCGAAUCAUCUUUUGGUUCUAUUGAUGGAUUCAAAGUACGCUAUCCAUCUGUGCACUUGACCAAACAGAACGGUCUGCAUAACCCGCCAGCUAAUAACUCGGUAUAUGAGAAGGCAAAGAAAAAGCCGCCUCCACCGAUACCAAAAGCAUUACCUCCAGCAUUACUUAAUCAACAGUUAGCAUCUACAACAGUAACCACUCGACAAGAUCACCACGAAAUGAAUGGACAUUUAGGUCAAAAUGGCAAUGUUAAUGAAUCAAAUGACAUCGACAACCACCACCACGAUGCUAAGCAAAACCCAUACCCAAGAGAUGACAUUGUGGCAAAACUAAGCGCAGAAGAUCUAGACUUGACGAUCUCACCUCAAAUUAAAACUCAGGUGGAUGUCAAACACAACUAUACCCGUCCAAUACAAAGACCACCUAUACCAGUAACCCGGUCAACAGAUACUCGCUCAAACGGCAAUAACUAUGACUCUUCGAUGUCGAAUCAAAAAUACGGGCAGGUGACUCACUCAAUACCCAAUGUUCGUCAAAAUCUGUAUCCACAAUUUGGUCAACCUAUGUAUCAACUGUCUUCCCCAAUGCCAACAUUUCCGCCACCUCAGCCACAACCUCAGCCUACAUUGUAUCCAAGUUAUGGACCACAGUAUAGCAAUGGUAGUAUGAUGCAAUACCAGCACCCUCCGUAUGCAUACCAACAACCACCACAACAAUACUACCAACCCAACCCCUACGCACAGCCGCAGACUUACUCGCAACCAACUUCCCAGGGACAUCCCAUGAUCCCCGCACACGUAUUAGAGCAGCAAGAACAAAUUAAAUCAAGAAAGAUGAGCAUACUUAAGGAUUAUGCCAUUUGCGGAUUGCGAAACUUUGGUUCAUCGUGCUAUAUCAAUUCAACAAUACAGAUGCUUUUUGGGAUUUAUUCAUUCAAGGUUAUUUUCAACCGUGGAUACCAGAAAUACGUCAAGGACCCUGAUUUCUUGAGAAUUAUGCAACAUCCCAAUUCACACAAGAAAGAUUCUGUUUUGUUAAGUGAAGCUCUUGCGGGAUUGUUACGUACUUUCCAACAGAAUGGUGGUGUGUCAGUUUCGCCAACCAAAUUCAUUCGUGUUACUUCGUUGUUGAAACCAGAUUUCAACAUACCUCAUGAGCAACAAGACUCCCAAGAAUUUCUUUUGUUUAUUUUGGAAAGGUUGCAUGCUGAAUUAUGUGACAAGAGUGUAGAGAAUUAUGAUCCCGAGGUCUUGUGUGCUAAGUGGAACAUCAAUGUUUCUAUUGAGAAUCAGUCAUCUUAUUUCAAAUGGUGGAAAUCCUUACACGAACACGAAGGUUCAAGCCCCAUACUGGAUUUAUUUCAAGGACAUUUACAGAAUAAGCUUAGGUGUAACAAGUGCAAUUACGAAUCAAUCACUUACUCAACAUUUUCGAUUCUUUCGUUACCUAUACCGAAUACCAAACGACCUAAUGAAGUAGUUGAUUUGACUUCGUGUCUUAGCUACUAUAUUCAGGAUGAGACGUUGUCUGGUGAUAAUGCAUGGAGGUGCCCCAAAUGUCACGGUGAAGUCCCCACCGUGGAGAAUCAUCCGGUGUUUGUCCAAAAGAAGGGAUUGUUCAAGUUGGGCAAAUCAAAGAAAUCGUCAUUGGCUGAUGGAAACAAAUCGUCCGCAUCUAAUACAGUAUCCACCAAAUCUCUAAGCUUUGUUAAAUUACCUCCGGUCUUAUUCAUUCACUUGUCAAGAUUUUCCAUGUACAACUUAACUGAUAAAUUGGAUACACCCAUACGUUAUCCUAUUGAACUUCGCUUCAACAAUCAAGGUCAUGAAAUCGUAUACAAGAUAUCGGGAAUUAUCAAUCAUUUUGGAAAUUUGAAAAGUGGUCAUUAUACUGCCUUAAUUAACAAGUCCACUUUGAAUGAACUGAAACAUGAUUUGGAAAAUUUGAAACAUCCAUGUUGGUGUAAUUUUGAUGAUGAAAAUUUUAGACCCAAUGUUAAUAAUGGAACUUUGAGGUUUGGUGUUGAUGGACAAAGCCAUGACGUAAGAGAGAUGAUAUCGACUGAUGUGUAUGUGUUGUGUUAUGAGCGGGUUGACGUUUAG